CCACACCGGACUUCUCUUCCUCAGCCCACCAUGGAGGUCCUGGGAGUGACCACUAUUUUCUUGCUGGUAUGCAUCUCAUGCCUUCUCUUUGCCACAUGGAGAAGCAGGUCUCAAAAAGGGAAGGAGCCUCCUGGUCCCAUUGCAUUUCCCAUUGUUGGAAACCUGCUCCAGAUAAACCCAUGGAAUUUGCCUGAAAGCAUGAAAGAGCUCAGUAAGAAGUACGGUCCUGUCUUCAUGGUACGUUUGGGCCCACAAAAGGUUGUGGUGCUGUAUGGCUAUGAUGUUGUAAAAGAGGCUCUGGUUGAUCAAGGAGAUGACUUCAGUGGAAGAGGCAGUCUACCACUAUUUAAAAAACUCUUCCAAGGCACAGGCAUUGUGACCAGCAAUGGAGAGACCUGGAAGCAGCUGAGACGAUUUGCACUCACCACCCUGCGGGAUUUUGGGAUGGGGAAAAAGGGCAUUGAGGAACGAAUCCAGGAGGAAGCUCAUUUUCUGAUGGAGAGGCUCAAGAACACACGUGAGCAACCCCUGAACCCUGGCAAUUUCCUGAUCCAUGCUGUUUCCAACAUCAUCUGCUCCAUCGUCUUUGGGGAUCGGUUUGACUAUGAGGACAAGAAUUUUCUAAAUUUAAUUGAUUGGAUAGAAGAAAACAACGAGCUCCAGGGCUCUUUACAAAUACAGCUAUAUAACUUCUUCCCAACUGUCAUGGAUUAUUUACCUGGACCUCAUCAAAAACUGAUAAAAAAUUUUGAAAAAGUUGAUAAAUUUACAACAGAUAUUGUAAUGGAACACCAGAAAACCCUGGAUCCCACUUGUCCUCGAGAUUUUAUUGAUGUUUUUCUAAAUAAAAUGGAACAGGAGAAAGGAAAUGAUGAUGCAAUAUUUACCACUGAGACCUUGAGCAGAACCACACUCGACUUGUUCCUUGCAGGAACAGGGACCACAAGCACCACAUUGAGAUUUGCAAUUCUGAUUCUUCAGAAAUACCCAGAGAUAGUAGAGAAAAUGCAAAAGGAGAUUGAUGCCGUGAUUGGCCGAGACCGAAGCCCUCGCAUGUCGGAUCGGAGCCAGAUGCCCUUUACAGAUGCUGUGAUCCAUGAAAUCCAGAGAUACAUUGAUUUCAUUCCUAUUAAUAUCCCACAUGCUGUAAUCAGAGACACCAAGUUCAGAGGCUAUUUUAUCCCGAAGGACACUAUGAUAUUCCCUAUGCUGAGUUCUGUCCUACAUGAUAGCAAGGAAUUUCCAAAUCCAGAAAAAUUCGACCCAGGACAUUUCUUGAAUGCAAAUGGUACCUUUAAAAAGAGUGACCACUUCAUGCCAUUUUCUAUAGGAAAACGCAUCUGUGCAGGAGAAGGUCUGGCCCGGAUGGAGAUAUUCAUAUUUUUAACAUCCAUCCUGCAGAACUUUACUUUGAAGCCUGUUGUGGAUCACAAAGACAUUGACAUCAGCCCAGUAAUCACCAGCCUGGCAAGUCUGCCCCGAGACUAUGAGGUCUCUUUUGUUCCACGUUAGCCAAGUGAAGAGUUUCCAGCUCCCAAACUCAUGAGUGCUCUGGCUGAAUGACAAUCAGUCCCCAGUCUGUUGAGAAUGAAACACUCAGACCAUUUGGUAGAUACUUCAUGAAGAGAGAAGAGUGCUUAGAAAAGAAAAUUGUAUGGUGUUUUUAUAAUCACCACAGCCAGCUGUUAACAGAGUAGGCAAUCACACAGGGACGGACACAGCACCCUGUGCAAAAUUACAGAUUCUUCUCUGCAUCUAUCUCACCCUGUGGUGGUUGCUGUCAGGUUCCUGACAUGCCAGGCUGUCUGCAGUAGUUCUCGAAAGCUCUGCUGCUGCUGCCCAGGGUUUUUACAAACUCUGCUUGAAGUUCCUCUCUCUGUACUUUCAGUUUGUUUGCAAUCUAUUUGUAAAGGCAAACAUAAAACAAGGGUUUUUUUGUGGUAGAUAAUGAUCAUCUAUUAUAUUUGUGACCCAAUACUUACUGUCUACUGUGGUGGGGAUAGAGUUUAUCAAUGACUGGGCAGAUGGGUUAUCCUCUGUGAUUACAAUGAAGGUUUGUGAAAUUACAAUUUAUACUGCAAAAUAAAGAAGUAGUAUACUGAA